AUUUUCAGAUUACUACAGUCGUAGCGCAUCCUUGAAACGCAAGUAUCCCGUCGAGCUGCCAAAAAUUUCCUUUGAAACGUUGUCGAUUUUUUAAACGAGAAACCCCGUUCGUAUCCCUCAGGGAAACGGCGCGACAAGAAAUACGUGUGCGAAGCUCUUUCGUUCGGAAUCGACACGGGCUACCUGGUGCCCUCGAACUCCGACGGUCAGGUGCUCCGCGUUUCGUCGGCCCUUCGAAGUUUCGUAGAGCAAAAAGACGCCGUUAGCGACGGUGAGCGGGGAAUGAGACAAAAACUUCGAAGGGGGAGCAGAACUUGCACGAGCGAGGAACGGAAGCUCCUCCGUCGCCGAGGAGAUUUAAGCGCUCGAAAGAGAACGAGAUCUCCGUCAUCCGCACCUAGCAGCGCCUCGUCGGCCCAACGUUCGCCCAAUAAGUCGAGGACAAAGAAGCCGAAAUAUGGAAAGAGGAUAAGAAAGCACAAGUCGAGGAACGAACCGAAGAAGAAGCUGAGGAAACGCGGGCGACCGAGGACUCGCUUCAGCUCGGCGAAAAUCAAGCCGGAAACAACCCGCGCUUGUGUCGAUUCGGAAAAGCAAGAUGAAACCGAUAGGGUGGCUCGAGAUCCGAAGGGGGGACCGUCGACGCCUUUGGGAUCGGAGAGGGAUACCUCGAAGUCGAUUGAAAAUGAAAAACUCUCCGAUCCCUCGAUCGACGAGAGCAACGGCUCCGAAGAAAUUUCAGGGGCUAGAGAAAAUUAGGUCGUGAAGGAGGAGGGUCGGCAAUGUGAUGUGGAUAGAGAUAAUCAGUCGUGUGCUCG